AUGGAUUAUAAUGCUAUGCUAAAGACUUUGGCCAAGGAGGCAGGUAUUUCAAUACCAUCUAACGCUUUCGAAAAACCUAACGCUAUUCGUACCUCAACUUCUAGUGGUGGUGGAAGUACCGUUAAUAGCAAAAGUGGCGGAGGAGGAAAUACAAAUUCUGGUUAUAGUGAAGGAAUUAGUAAAUGUAAAAAAUGUGGUGAACCUCGUUCUACGAUUGUGGCACUUAAAUUUUUGGAUAAUUCCGAACAAUUGAAUAGAGAUUUUCUUGAUGAGCUUCAAGCUCAUCAUAGAUGUAGUUUGGGAUCAGGUAUUAUAGAUUGUUACGGGGUUAGCAAAGAUCCCGAAACAAAUAGAUACGUCAUGGUGAUGAGAUACGCGGAACAAGGAGAUUUGAGACGUUAUUUAUCUCAAUUUUUCGCUGAAUUAUCGUGGGAUGAAAAAAUUGAAGUAUUUGAUAAAAUCGUUAAAGGAUUACAAGGAAUUCAUGAUGCUGGUUACGUCGCGGCCAUGUUAAAAUGUUGGGAUUCCGAUCCUACCAAACGACCUACCAUCACAGAUCUAUUAAGUGUUUCUUAUAAAUGGAGAUAUUUGGCAGAUGGCAAAGCCCCUUUCCAAGGUCCCAAACUUAAGAAAGUAAAAACUGGUUGUGUCUCAAAUG